AUGGAGCCGUUUGGUGUUAUGCGUCCUCCUAUCCUUGAUGGUGCAAACUACUCGGCCUGGAGGAUAAGAAUCCGGCAGUACAUCAAGGCUAUCGAUCUUAAAGCCUGGCACUGCGUCGAAGAAGGGUGGUCUGCUCCCAAGACCACUGAUGCCCAUGGUGAUGUGAUCUUGACACCACCUGCUCAAUGGAGUCGAGCUGAGUUCGAGGAGGCAAAUUUUAACGAAAAGGCUAUGCAUGCUAUCUAUUCUUUCGUGGACAUGAACAUGUUCAAUCUCAUCAAGAAUAACACGUCGGCCAAGGAACAAUGGGAUAUACUCCAGAGACAUUGCGAGGGCGACACAAGUGUCAAAGAAACAAGGCUGCGACUCCUGACCACUAAGUUCGAAAACAUGAAGAUGGAUGAAGGUGAAGACAUCAAGGAGUAUUCCAAGAGGAUACUCAGUGUGGCUAAUGAAUGCCGUGAGCUCGGAGAUCCAAUCAGCAAUCGGGUGCUUGUCUCCAAAGCACUACGAACGCUCCCACCGCGUUUUGAAAUGAAGAUUACUACCAUCGAAACAAGUCAGAAUGUUGCAAGCCUGGAGUUCGUGGACUUGAUGAACACACUCCGGACCUAUGAGAUGACAUUGGAAGAAAGAGGAUUGCUGCACAAAAAGAAGGCUGUUGCGUUCAAUGCCGGAUGCUCAUCUACGACAACAACCAGCAGCCACAUCCUUCAGAUACGUGAUCUAGAGGAUUCUGAAGAAUUGGAGGAGAUUCACGAAGGAGAUGAUGUUGCACUCAUCACAAGGAAGUUCAACAAUAUGGUGAGAAAACUUAGACGGACCAAAGAGAAUGAUCGAGAAGGAAGCUCUCCAAGGCAUGAUUCCGCACCACCUAAGAGGAAUGACUUCACACCCCCACGACCAAUGAGGAAAGUUUCCUCAACGACUGAAACUUUCAGGUAUGAUCCAAAUUUCAUCAAUAAUGUUCAAUGUCGUGAGUGCAAGGGGUUUGGUCACUAUGCGAACCAGUGUGCGAACACCCUACGAAAACGAGGCAAAUCAUAUUGGGUGUCUUGGAGUGAUGAUGAGGCUGAAUUUUUCGAUGGUUCGGAAAGCUCAAAGGAAGAAAAAGAAGAUGAUGAUGAUCCCGGUCUGUCAGCUUUCCAUGUCAAGUUCGGAAAAACCUUGUCCGACGAUGAGGAUGAUGAAGGAGACCAGCUGUUAAACAGGUAUGACACAGGGUUCUUUCCAAAUUGUCUGUGCUUUAAUGCAUGUGUAGGUAACACUGAGGAGAGCAACGAAGAGACCAUGCUGGUUGUCAUGGAACUUAAAAAAUUCUAUGACGAACUACUGGGAAAAUGGAAAAAGCAAGGAGAGGAGCUUGAAGCAACAAAGGAGGAGAAUGUCAAGCUAAAAGGAUCGUUGGCAAAGCUUGAAGCCUCAAUCACACAAAAGGAAGUCAAGCUUGAGCAUGUUACAAGCCAGCUGGAGGAAGCCCAAAUCACCAUUGCCAAAUGGAAUUCAAGUCGGCAUAGGUAUGAUGAUUUUGUGUCUGCAGGAACUACAGACACCACUGGACUUGGAUACACUGCUGCACCCGCUGUUGAAUCCACACCUGGAAAGACAAAGGUAAAAUCUACUCAUGGAAAGGAGUUUGUCGUGGAAAGAACUUCAGUUGGUCAGACACGACCACAAAGAAAAAGGUAUGUGUGUCACUAUUGCUUUCAAAUUGGCCACAUUCAACCGUUCUGUUUUAGGAAGUUCAAUGACGAGAAGAAGAUCUUUGUCAACUCAAAGAAAACAAGAGCCAAAGGGAAGAAAAAUCCACCACAAGCUCAUAGGAAAGUCUGGAAGUGGGUUAGAAAAGAUGAACUAAAAUGUAAUGUUGUGUUCACAGCACUGAAAACUAACAUCUCAAGUUCAUGGUAUUUCGACAGUGGAUGUUCUCGUCACAUGACAGGUGACAAUUCUUACCUUAAUAACUAUCAGGUAUGUGAUGGUGGGUUUGUGUCUUUUGGUGGUGGUUCGAAGGGUAAAAUCAUUGGUAAAGGUACCUUAAAUGUUCCCGGCUUACCUUGUUUGAAAAAUGUUUUUCAUGUUAAAGGUCUUAUGGCAAAUUUGAUUAGUAUUAGUCAACUAUGCGAUGAGAACUUACAUGUUAAGUUUAACAAGGAUUCUUGUGAGGUUUUUGAUACUCAAAAUUGUUGUGUAAUGAAAGGGCAAAGAUCUAGUGAUAAUUGUUACCUUGUCGAUGAUCCAAAGUGCAAUAAGGCCCAAAUUGAUGAAAGCAUGCUGUGGCAUCAAAAGUUAGGGCACACAAAUUUUAAGAAUCUUGACAGGUUGUCCAAGUUGGAAGCAGUCCGAGGUCUCCCAAAAAUCACACAAAAGGAAAAAGAAGUUUGUGAGAGUUGUCAAAAAGGGAAGCAGAUCCAUGCCACUCAUCGUGCUACCCAACAAGCUGAACAACAUUUUGGUACAACCCGAUGCUUUGAACUGAUUCACAUGGAUUUGGUAGGACCAGUCGGUGUUGAGAGUAUUGGAGGUAAACGGUAUGUGUAUGUCUUAGUGGAUGAUUUUUCAAGGUUUACGUGGACCUUUUUCUUACGUGAAAAAUCUGAAACUAUUGAUGUUUUCAAAACACUCUUUGCCCGGUUUACUAACAUGUUUGGUGUGAGAAUAGCAAGAAUGAGGUCUGAUCAUGGACGUGAGUUUGAGAAUGCGGCUUUCACAAAGUUUUGUGAGAAGAAAGGAAUUUUCCAAGAAUUCUCAGCCCCCAAGACGCCACAGCAGAACGGAGUUGUGGAACGAAAGAACCGAACCCUGGUGGAGAUGGCAAGAGUGAUGUUGGCUUCAAAGAAAUUGGCACAACGCUUCUGGGCAGAAGCUGUGAGCACCGCAUGCCAUAUCAACAAUCGAGUCAACAUCAAACCUGGUACGUUCAAAACUCCAUAUGAAAUUCUGCGUGGUAAGAAGCCAAAUCUCAAAUACUUUCAUGUCUUUGGGUGUGUGUGUUAUAUACUGAAUGACAGAGAAUAUCUCACAAAGUUUGAUGAAAAAAGUGACAAAUGUACCUUUUUGGGAUAUUCAUUGAAUAGUCAAGCCUAUCGAGUCUUUAACUUGAGAAGCCAAACUAUUCAAGAAUCUGUAAAUGUGGUAUUUGAUGAUGUGAGGAGUAUUGCAGAUGAGAAUAAUAGAGAAGGUCAGGUGAUGGACAUUGUGAUGCCAGCAGAAGAUGCAACCACAGAUGCUGAGGCAACAGAAGAAAUCACACCAUAA